AUGGAGGGCGUGUCCGCGAGCCUGUACCGCGCAAUGCGGGCCUACUGGCGGAAGCGCGGCUACGAGAGGCUGGCCGGGCCGGGCAGCCGCCGCGAGGGCCGGGCGGACCUCCACCCCCCGGCCCCCCGCCGCGGGAGGCUGAGGGGGAGGCGGCGGCGGACCUCCUGGCGGGUCAGGCUGACGCCCCGGGUGAAGCUGCUCCGGCUGGCGGCGUCGCCGCGGAGGUUCUUCCUCUGGCUCCGGGACGCCUACGUGAAGAUGAUGCUCGGGUUCGCGAGCUCGGCCGCGCUCGGCGGCGGGUUCGGGUACGGGUACGGGUCCGGCGGGGUGUCCAUCGGCGACGCCGGGGCCGCGGGGUUCGGGCGGGCGCCGGCGAAGGAGUACGACCGGAAGAUGCUGGUGGAGAUCUACAAGUCGGUGCUGGUGGCGCAGGGCCAGCUCGCGCCGCCGCGGGAAGCCGGGAGGCUCGGCUCCGAGGUCGCUCGCCGACGCCUGAAUUGA